AGCUUCCACUUCCUGCCGCGCUGCUUGCCGGGAGUCUAGAACCUCCUGAUUUUUAAAGUAUCUCAGGACUAGUCUUUCCUCUAACCUGCUAGGUCCUGAAAGUUAUGAAAUAUUUUACUUCCCUCCGCUGCUCUGAAUAAGUUUCCAAAACUUCAGUUUGUUUACUGCUCUUAUAUUAAUCAACUUAUUAUUUCAAAGUGUCAAAAAUGAUUUCUUAGCAAAGAAGGUAAAGAAUGUGUCUUGUGGCAAUCUGUCAGGACCUGGGAACUGCUGCUUCUUCCGCCCGGGCCUGGUCGCUUCCGCGGAUCCCUUGCAGUCAUGUCGGCUGCAAUUGCAGCUCUGGCCGCUUCCUAUGGUUCAGGUUCGGGGUCCGAAUCAGACUCUGACAGUGAGGGCAGUCGUUGUCCGCUGCCAGCCGCCGACUCCCUCAUGCACUUGACCAAGUCGCCUUCGGCCAAGACUUCCCUGACAGUGGCGGUAGACUCGGCUCCAGAGGUGGCAGUUAAGGAAGACUUGGAGACUGGAGUCCACCUUGACCCUGCUGUCAAGGAAGUUCAGUAUAAUCCUACCUAUGAGACCAUGUUUGCUCCUGAGUUUGGACCAGAAAAUCCCUUCAGAACACAGCAAAUGGCUGCUCCUAGAAAUAUGCUUUCUGGAUAUGCUGAACCAGCUCAUAUCAAUGAUUUCAUGUUUGAACAGCAAAGGAGAACUUUUGUCACAUACGGUUAUGCAUUGGAUCCUUCAUUAGAUAAUCAUCAAGUAUCUGCUAAAUAUAUUGGUUCUGUAGAAGAAGCUGAAAAAAAUCAAGGUUUAACUGUAUUUGAAACUGGUCAGAAGAAAACAGAAAAGAGGAAAAAGUUCAAAGAAAAUGAUGCAUCUAAUAUUGAUGGUUUCUUGGGACCAUGGGCAAAAUAUGUGGAUGAAAAAGAUGUAGCCAAACCUUCAGAGGAAGAGCAAAAAGAAUUGGAUGAAAUCACAGCAAAGAGGCAGAAAAAGGGCAAACAGGAAGAAGAGAAACCUGGGGAGGAGAAGACAAUCUUACAUGUUAAAGAAAUGUAUGACUAUCAAGGCAGGUCCUAUCUUCACAUACCUCAGGAUGUUGGUGUUAAUCUACGGUCCACUAUACCACCUGAAAAAUGUUAUCUUCCCAAAAAACAAAUUCAUGUGUGGUCUGGACACACAAAGGGUGUCAGUGCAGUAAGAUUGUUUCCCCUCUCUGGCCAUUUAUUGCUGUCUUGUUCCAUGGACUGUAAAAUUAAGCUAUGGGAGGUUUAUGGAGACCGGCGCUGUCUACGAACAUUUAUUGGUCACGGUAAAGCUGUUAGGGACAUCUGUUUCAAUACUGCAGGAACCCAGUUCCUCAGCGCAGCCUAUGACAGGUAUCUUAAACUCUGGGACACUGAGACAGGACAGUGUAUAUCAAGAUUCACAAACCGAAAAGUACCCUAUUGUGUCAAAUUCAAUCCUGAUGAAGAUAAACAAAACCUUUUUGUAGCUGGGAUGUCUGAUAAAAAGAUUGUGCAAUGGGACAUUCGAAGUGGAGAAAUUGUGCAGGAAUAUGAUCGACAUUUGGGAGCUGUCAACACCAUUGUUUUUGUCGAUGAGAAUAGAAGAUUUGUGAGUACAUCUGAUGAUAAGAGCUUAAGAGUUUGGGAAUGGGAUAUCCCUGUGGAUUUCAAGUACAUAGCCGAACCCAGUAUGCACUCAAUGCCUGCAGUGACUUUGUCUCCAAACGGGAAAUGGCUAGCAUGCCAAUCAAUGGAUAACCAAAUCUUAAUUUUUGGAGCACAGAACAGAUUCAGACUGAAUAAGAAAAAAAUUUUUAAGGGCCAUAUGGUAGCAGGCUAUGCUUGUCAAGUGGACUUUUCACCAGAUAUGAGCUAUGUGAUUUCAGGAGAUGGAAAUGGAAAAUUAAACAUUUGGGACUGGAAGACCACAAAACUCUAUAGUCGAUUUAAAGCUCAUGAUAAAGUGUGCAUAGGUGCAGUGUGGCAUCCUCACGAAACAUCUAAAGUCAUCACAUGUGGCUGGGAUGGUCUCAUUAAAUUGUGGGAUUAAUGAGAUUGGUCCCUAAACUAUCUAGGAUCAUUUUUGAUCCAGUGUCAUAUUUAACUGUAUUUAAUUAUUAAAUGUGUUGGAUGACGACUUGAUUUAUAGAUAAUGUUUUUCUUACAUGGCUUUAUGAAAUUGACCCAUUGUUUAAGAAAAAAUUUGUAAAUUUGCCUCAUAUAAUGUCACCGGCAACUUCAUUUUAUUCUUUUUGGAUGUUAUUUAUGCAACAAAUAACCAUUGACUUUCUGUUUGAUAAGCAGUUCUUGUUGGCAAGCAGUUUGGAUUUAAUCCCCAUGACAUUACCAAAAAGAUCUUUUUGGUAUCAAGAAAGAAUCCCUACUAGAUCUGGGAUCCUCCAGAAAAUAAUGUAAUCAGUGACUCGGGAAGGCCCACAUACUUAUCUACCUGUUCAGUCAGGAGGGCAGUAGAGAACAAAGAUGAUGUAAUCACAUAUAUAUUUGAAAGAAGGAUAAAACCACCCACAAUUAACUGUUCCCAUUACACUUAGUGGGUCAAGGUCUAAACUUUCGGCUUCAUGAGUUCCACUAUUUUUUAUGACAUGUGCUGUAUAUUUUUAUUUGCAAAUCAGUAACCUUUUACUGUAACUGUCCUCUAAUUAUUAAAUAAUGUAAAAUGAAAAUCAGUCCGGAGUUCUCUGACCUUUUCCUGAUCAAUAUAGACAGGACUUACAUAUUUAAGCAGCGAAUUACAUUACUUUUGGAGAUGGAACUCAAGAGAAUGAGCCAAGGUUUUGAAUGUUGUUUUUAUUCACUGGCAGUAAAGACCUGGCGACACUUGAAGAAUUCAGAGUCUCCCAGGUCAUUGCUUCACCCAUCUUACUUCUGAAAUCCUCCUCAGAGAAGACAGGGUAUAAAGACGUAGUCCAAAAUGCCAACUUAGAGUUUCUUUGAAUUCGUGUUUUAUCUUUAAAAUGAUUCUGCUUUUGGUUGUAAAUAUAUGCAGAAUUUUUAAGAUUAGAAAAAAAUUAAAAUUUUUUUCCAACUCUGAAAAAAUUUACACUAUAAGAAGAUGGCUAGGGUUCCCCUGUUUGAAAAGCAGUGGCCUUCAUUUUUUAAAAAUAUGUUUAAAAGCUUCAGAUUAUGUAAUCAAGAUAGCCUCUUGAUUAAUAGAGCUAGCAGCACUUUAGUUUGCCGAGCUACUUCUCCUGUUUUAUUAUAAGUCUUAUGAGGUGUUUGAAUGUGGUUUGAAAUAUUUCAGUACACUGUUUACGAAAGACUGGCUCAGAGCGGCCCAGAGGGCCCACUUGGGAAGUGAAGGAAUGUUGCGUGUUGAAAGCCCAGGAGCCUUAAGCUCCAUGUUGCGUGCUUCCCUCACAGCAGUGCAUUCUCCGUGUUUUCAGAGAAUUUCCAUUUUUAAAAUAUAAUUUAAAGGCCUAGUGAGCCAGGAACAGUGAGUAGCAUAGGCUUUGUUAUCCAGCACUGUGGGAAGCUGAGAGAGGAGGACCACGAGUCCGAGCCAGCCUGGGUAACUUAGCAGAAUUUUUAAAAGGGUUGGGACAUAGCUCACUGUGAAGACUGUGGGUCAGUCCCCAGUACCACAAAAAGGGGAGAGGGGGAGCUGAUAAAUUAGCAGGCCCUAUAGCCACAUAUAAAUAAAUUCCAAAGAAAACAAAAACAGGACAUAAAAAUAGAGAUUUGAUACACGUGUACCCAAAGAAACAAGCACACUGCCUAGCUGCUUGCCAGUCUUUGUAUCCACAGCCAGGAGGAGUGUCAGCUAAGAGGAAGGAAUUAAGGCCUUUCUUUAGUCCCAACCACUGGUUUUGACAAAUGUGAAUUAUUAAAAUGAGAUGGGGCAAAAAAUAUCAUACAUCUUAAACUGUUCAGCACCAGUAUUGUUUAUGUUACAAAUUAUAAUUUUUAAAUCUGGAUUUAUUUUAUUGUGUUUUUGACUGUUUCUAAACUAAGCAGCUGUAUAUAAAAGUUUUCUGUUUUCUGAAAAUAU